UCACAAAGUGGUUCAAAUAAGUAUGGUCCUAUUAGCAUAACCAUUAUUUGGUGGCAAUUAAUAAUAGGUGCCUUUUAAUUUGAUCCAUUUUUUUACCAUUCCUUUAAGGACAUUUUUUCUAAAUUUUGAUUAGUUUUGUGUACACGUACCUACGACAAUGGAGGUUGCAGUGUUUUUUGUUUGCAUGGCAAUAAUUGCGCAAAUUUACGCUGCGCCGACACCGGAAUCAGGAUCCAUCGCUGACCAAAAGAAUGAAUUUGAACUACCACCAAUGGCUCGUGGAGGGUUUACUAUGACAUUACACGUCACAGUCUCUACAACUGCAAGUACUAGUAACAAAUUGAAAGUCAAGAUGCUGCCUACAGCAGAGGACGAUAAUGAACCUAUACCGGAAUAUUGCAAAAACAACAACAUUGAAGGCAAACAUAUUUGCGUCAUGCCGAAUCAAGAAUGGACCAACAGAUCGGCAGAAACUCAAGAGAUCAUAGAUCAAGUUAUAGGCAUCACAGCCGACCGCAUGGACAAUCGCCUCAUUCUAGGAGUGGAACUAAAUGGGAACAAUCAUGGCGUCACCUUAAUGGACCUGGCAGAUUUUGAAAAACUAAAGCACUUUUCGGUCGGAGGUAUUAAGGAGAUAAAAAAGUUGGAAUUUGAGUUUAAACACGAAUAUCAGUAGUACCUAAUGUUAGCCCUAAAUUUGAAAAAUUCUUAUUUUUAAGAAGAAAACAGAACAGUAUUACGGUAGAUACUGCUACCAGAGCAGAGUGAAACUGGAGAUGGGUACUGGUAGGGUAUUCUGGAAGACCCGAAGGUCUUGGUCACUCGACACUGACUGUUAAACACAAGGGUCUAUCGCGAGGCAAAAAGAUUUUGUUUUUAAUUAUAAAUGGGCCUACUCUUAGCCACAGACUAGCCGAAGGCAAAGACGUGGUCUACAAUGGAGUGAGCUCGCCCAAAAGAUGCCUGUUCACUCCUGAUUUGAUCAAUUUCCUUCACGGUCUCUCUAUCGCUCGUACAACUUCGAGCAAUAGAGCAAGAUAAUUAGUGACAAAUAGUGAUUUUAUAAAUAAUUUGCCUAGUACUUUGAUGUUCCUAGUAAAUGUAUUUAAUAUUUAGGUAAAGGUGCUUUUCUAGAUCUAAACAUACCGAUUUAUAGGCAAAACAAUGCACAAUGGGUAAAAUUAGUACAGAUUUAACAAAAGUAACUCUAUUAAUAUACAAUAUACAUACAUAUAUAUAUUUUAUUUUCAGAUUUACAAUCAGCUCCAUUAUAAAUCUACUAAUUUACUGUAUUUAUUAGCUAAUUAUAAUCGCUUAAAAGUUGUUGUUAACUUUAGUAGGUGUUCAAUAUCUGCUUAAACAUAUGAUGUCAUACAAUUUUAAGCCUAAUAUGUUAGGGGGGCAAUAAAAUAUUCUGUAUGUUGUUCUAUAAAGCCUUAUGACUGACCAACUUACAGGGACAGUAUUGAUGUAGAGAUAUAAAUAUAUGUAUUUAAGCUCGUAAUAUGUAUAUAUUAGAAUAAAUCGAGAAAAAAAUGGUAUUAAAUCCUAGUCACAUUAAUUUAUUUCGUAUAACGAAAAUGUUGUUUAAUGUAGAUAAUUUAUUUUGGUAUAUACAGAUGUUUAGGUUUACAGAAAUGAAUGGGAUAACUGUAAGUGAAUGAUGAUGAUUAUUUGUUUAUAUGUAAAGUUAAGAAGAUAAUGUCGUAUGUACUUAAUUACGUAACGAUUUUUA